AUGAUUUUUUUAAUUUUAAUAAUUUUUUAUGAGUUGCCGCUGCCUCGUAUGCAGUGCAAUAUCAUGAGUUUGGGCAGUCUUUUUCCUUAUUUCUGCCAUGCACCUCUGCUGUACAUUUUUGUUUGUGCGUCCCUUCACUUGCUCUGCUCCUGUUUUCACUUCUCUGCCUCGUGUGUCUGCAGGCACACACAACCACAUGCACGCACAAGAUGCACAUUGCAGUGGAUUUGGAUGCUUCUUUUGUGGCGUGUGCUGACGGUUGCGGGUGGCUGCUGCUUCCUCCGUGGGCAUGAAGGGGAGGAGGGGAGAGGGAGCGUGCACGGCGAGUCACUCUUCCUGCGGGUGUGA